GGAUUCACCGUUUAAUCAUUCAUCACUAGGGUCGUGACAAGUAUCCUCCAGUUGCUUGAGAAGUUUGCCCGAGCGCUGCCGCGACUCGCAGGUGCGCAGCCGCGGUGCCAAGAUGAGUGCAGAUGACAAUCUCUGGGGCGCAUGGCUGGAUGUCCGCGAUCGGGACAUUGUGAAGGAGAAUGCAGACGCGGCGUUUGGGCGGCCCCGGAGUGCGCCAAGCACGAAGACAGCGGCUACGCUGGCGCGCCCAAGCUCCGCCGCGGCAUGGUUGCAGCGGAGGCAAUCCGAGUUGCAGCGGCGCCGGGACGUCGCAGAAUACACUGCCUCCCCGGGGGGCUCUCCGCUCCUCGGAGCGGAAUACAAUUACACGUCCGGUGGCAGCAGCAGCAGUACGAAUCCCAAUCCGCAGCUGGCUGGUUCUUCUGCAACAACCGAUGGACAACAAGUCGCAGCGCCGCGGGUGCAAAGUGCGACAGCACGUCCACCACAUGGGCAUUCAAGCCACCGAACCACAGGAGCUAGUACUGCCAACGGAGCAGACGAGGAAAAUGUCCUGACUGCGCAACCACGCCCGAAGACGGCCAUUGGGAUUCCGUCUCGGUUUAAGGUGAACACACACCUGAUAGACUUUUCGCGCAAGGGCUUGUCUCCCUCCUUCCGAACGGGCACCGGAGUAGGCGCAGGAGGAGCAACAGCGAACAAAAUCGGCAACGGCACCGGCCCGAGCCGCGGCGACGAAGACAACACGCCGCUGGGUGGGGCACGAGUUCUUGCGUCAAGAACCAGUGACCUUGCGGCAGCAGACGCGACCACCGCCAAACCGGCGAUGUCGCCCAUUGUUGAGGAAUCGUCCAUCCUCACUGCAGGGGAGGAAAAUUUUUUGGAGAAGAAGCGCAUUAUGUGCGAGAAAAGUCCGAAAAAGAGUAUUUUCUCGAUGCUGAACAUAGAGCCGGCCGCUGCGCAGCCUGAAGUCGUAGAAAAACCGAGCUCGUCGCCGGGAAAUAAACAAUCCAUGCCGCGGACCCCAAGCCGGCUCCCCUCGUCGCCCUCGUCGUCACCUCUCGCCAUUGCGCGCCAAGGCAGCACCGCGACCCUCGAGGUGGCCGCGGGUGAGAGCGGCGACGCGGACUCGGCGCAGCGGACCGCCGGGCCUCCCCGCAGCGCCAGCGCCUCGCCCUCGAAGCAAAAAAGCGGGGUCGAGUCGCCGCAGCAGAUCAUGGAGCGCUUGCAGAAGCGGUGGCGCGCGUACCUCGAGGGCAUCGCCGCCGAAGAGGAGGCUCGGCAGCGCAAGGAGAACUGGAAGCGGCGCAUGGCCGAGGUGGAGAGCAAUCGGAUGUCCGCACACGACCGUCAGAAGUUCUUCAACGAGAUUCGGUACAAGGCGCAACAGGACUCGCACUUCCACGGGCAGUAUCAAAUGUAAAAAUGUCUGGGUCUGGAAGGUUGGAACUUGUGAUGUGCAUUUCACAACACAGAAAAAUCUCUCAUGCAUAGGCGGCAAAAGGUGCCCAUUUCCUGUCACCAAAAUGGGGGAUUUGUGAUGCGGAUUAAGCAAUGCGGAAGCUUCUCGAAAUCUGUGAUGCUAGGGCUUCCAUGACAGGCAUUCUGUGUCAUGCAAAAACAGCAUGACAAAAAUCUGCAUUCUUCCAGACCCAGACAUUUUUACAUUUGAUAGGCAGUUCAUUCUCGCGCAGGCCACGGAAAUGCUGCACCAAAAUAUCAAAUGUAAAGAUGUCUGGGUCUGGAAGAAUUCAGGUUUGUCAUGCUUGUCCGGCAUGGCUCUUAAAUCUGUCAUGCACGUUACCCAAGCGCUCCGUUUUUCUGUGAUGCAGCGGCGCAGUUUGUCAUGCAGAAUAGGCAACACCUAGGAACUCAGAAACUUGUCAUGCUGAGCCAGCAUUUGUAGCCUCAUCAUGAGACGCCACCCAGCAUCACAAGUUUCCAGACCCAGACAUUUUUGCAUUUGAUACAAAACGCGGAGCAACCACUGGACGCCGCGCUGCGCUACCGGCUUCAAACCCUGCUCGAAAAGGCGGCUCAGGUCACCCACGGCGACAACGUGUCCGCACUGCUGCUGCUGGCUGCUCUUGAAGAAGAAGAGAAGAACUAUACCAAGGCACGGCAACUGCACGCCACGAUCGUCCAGAAAGCAAAGGAGGGAAACGAAAUUGCGCUCACUUGCCUCGUGGAGGUUGCGGAGUUUCGGGAACGCCAAAUACAACGCGACGCCGACAACCGCCGGAAACGCGCACGAAAAAAAAGCAUGAUGAAGGUUCUACUUCGUGUGUUGAUAUAUUCUGCUCCUGGAAACAAGUACAAGUAGAACAGCAAAGUACCAAAUAAAAGCUUUGACCUUACUGAUAGAAUAGAUGCUAGGACCGGAUUGAUUUUCCUAUCCUGUCAAUACUCUCGUUGCGGGUCGUACUCUUCGUUUGAAACUUACUUCUAGCCGCACUUACAGCUGCAUAGCAUAGAGUCAAAAUCAUGUUCAGGUUGUACCGAAGAAAAAAUCGACAAAUCGAGGGACAGCAAACGUCAUCGCGGAGCUAGCGAUGAAACGCGAGGAGGUUGAGCAGCCCAUUCUGAAGUACACGGUGCAGCAGGGCUUCCUCGAGCCCAUGCGCAAGGCGCUGCUGCGACUGACCGCACAACACCCGUCCGACAAGCGGCAUCUGGACAGCCUGAAGCGCAAGAUUGCGCAGGAAAAGGCAAAGGAAAACCGGGAGCAUGCGCAAUCUCUGGCCACGCUGAAGAAAAUUUCGGGCGGUUUCUUCAUGCAGGGCGCGGCAAAGACCGACAACAGCGAAGUUUCACACAUGGAGAAAAUGCGGCUCAAGCUGCUACAGUCCACAAAGCUCGCGGUGGAUGUGAAUACCAUGAUGCAAAGCACCAGUUCCGUAUCUAGGAAAAAACAACCAUCCCCAUCCAUUUUAUGCAUGACAAACAGAGGACUGCGUGCAUGCUUUGCAUGACAAAUUGGAUGGGGAUGGUUGUUUUUUUGUGGAUAUUCCGACGAGGAGAAGCGGCGAAGAGGCGCGCGAAAAAAGCCACUGGUAAGCGAGGACACCGUGGUGCAGUGGAUUCCGCGCGAAUACUAUCAGAAUGAGAAGGUGGCGUAUCGAAGACAGAUCGACCGCGGCUACGAUGAGAAGUACAGUUUUUUACUGCAAAUUUCUCACACGCAUCGUUGCUACAACGCCGGUUCGGUUGUGCUUGCAGCUCCGCCUCCCUCAUGGGGUUUUGUAAGGUUUCUAUAAGUAAAAUUUUCUUGAACUUGAUUUCAUCUUCGCACGGCAUUGAUUUGUUCUCUCCACCGCGACAGGUUCGACCAGGAGGUAACACUGAAUCAUGCUGGCGUCAUCACUUUUCACACGCGAAUGGCCCGGGCAAACUUUGGACAGCAACGUAUUACAGUGAAAAGUGCCCCCCACCCCCAAAGUUGCAAAAAUUUGUGCUGCGAAGUUUCCAAAUGAAAACUUUUUGUCAUGCAUGAAAGGAGGACGAAUCUUUCUGAUGCAGAGUCUAGUCGUGUUUCGCAUCGCUUGCAUGACAAGCACCGCUCUUCCUGGGAUCUUUUGCAAUACAAAUUUUUGCUAUUCACGAUCGGAAAUCUGUGAUGCUGAUACAUGCAAGAGGGCGAAUGUUUCAUUUGGAAAGGUUUGCAAUACAAAUGCUUUCAAGUUCGGGGGUGGGGGCAUUUUUCAUUGUAAUACAACGACGCCCACAAAAGAAAAAAUCGCGAGGCCAGUCGCUGCUGAAGAAGGCGUCCACGCUAUCCUAUGUAAAAACGUACCCACCCCAUAGUUGUCAUGCAAUUCUGCAUGCCAAAAAAGUAAAAGUUUCUCAUGCGGAGCCCUAUGAGAAGCAUUUUCUAUUCGUGUUUUGGAAUUUGUGAUGCUAGAAUCAGUAUGGUAGGCUAGCUCUGUAAUGCUUCUGAGCUAGCGAAACAGGAUUACACUACGAGGACAAACUUGUCAUGCCAAACGACCAAAGCUGUGUGAUUUGUCAAGCAGACUUGACUCUGGUGUGGGUACGUUUUUACUCAGGAUACACGCAAAUGCUCGCAACGGGGUACCUACACUUCGUAUUUUUUUAGCUGCAGUGUUGUUUUCUCAUUCUUUCGCACCAUUUUUUCGCGGACCUGCUUUAAUUUUUUAGUUGAGUCAGUCCAUUUUCGUUUCACUCACAUUCCGUGCCGACGCACACUGCGUACAUGGAACAAAUCGAAACAGUGCUUUGGUAGAAGAUACUGCGGCAAACGUGCGCGACGGGCUAGAUUCUCCGAAGGAGCCACCGGAGGCCGGAAGGUUGCACGUGGAGCGUCCGCAGUCGACACUGAUGAAACGACGACCGGACAGCGCGCCCUACCUGCGCACCUUGCACACAUGGGACUCGAGUAAAGGUUUCGACGUUUUCUCGAUGAUGCACGGCAAAUCCGAAGACUACAAUCACGCCGUCCGAAGCGCCGCGACGCUCGUCAGUCGGCGGCACAAGCGCGCCGCCAAGCAAUCCGCGAGUGUUUCGCCCGACGGCCGCAACAGUGAAACGUCGUCCCCCACCUUAUCUCGCUCGCCCUCGGUGUCCCCCAAGCGUAGUGAAAAAGAAGAGCCAGGAGCUGCAGCACCAAAGGUCGUGGGAUCGAGUUCCACUUCGAAGGAAAGCAACGCCAUGACGCCGACUGUCCGCCGGGUUUAUUCUGUAAAGGAGAACUCAUUCCGCUCGCUCUCUGCAAGUCCGUCAAAGCAACAAAAGGACAAGAAAGGUACAGACAAUGUGAUUGGUCGGGUGCGUGCUGUUUUGAGCUUCUGCUUCUUCCAUUUUCUGAGAAAAAUGAAUGCAUAGUUUUUAUCGUCCGAAAGCUUGUUGCGCACUUAUUACCUCGCAUCGUGCUCAGAACUUCUUCUAAAUGAGGAGCACGCGGCGACGGCUUAUGUUGUCAUCACCCGCGUGCCAGAUGCGCAAGAGGAUAGACAUUUAGAAAAAUAUCGAUCCUUGUAAAUUUGCAACUACUCCACAGGCGAGCACCACCACGCCACGGGCCGCAGUUUGCUUGAGAGUAGCUUGAAGCUUGCGAAGCUACCGCCGAAGUUGGAUCCGGACGAAAUAGAUACCUACCCCGACCUGGAUGUUGCGAAGCUGUUCCCCAUAGAAACGAAGGUCCAAAACCACGAUCCACGACGAGUUCGCCGUUCCUACGGCCUCGUUCCCACGGAAACGCCAGACCCUCCUGAGGACGACUUUGCGUUGCGAGCGCGACCACCAGAGCGGGCAUCACCAGAGCACUGCUUCCGCACUGCUGCCCAAAGCUGAUUCAGCAAACACCCUCUCCGCGAUCGGGUGUGUGGGGUGUCCUUUCGUCCUUCUCGUUUUUUUUUCACUUUCGUGAUCUACAAGAGCCUCUCUCUAUCGAGUAAUUCCAUGAUAGCGCAUUUGCUUUUUGUCCAAAUUAUACGUCGCUUUUCCAUCCUCGAGACUGGUUCUGCGCAGCGAGCAGAGCAAUCGUAUUUUGCGAGUUGAUUUUUUGCGAUACGACUGCAGAAUGUAGGUUUUUUGGCCUUCGUGCUGUGAUCAAGACAAGUGAGCUAGUACGAAGAUGCAGCCUGCUCCUGUACUAAAUUUGUGUUUUGUAGUCUCGUGCAGCCGACCAACGGUUCUAAAUUUCCAUGCAAUAAAU